AUGUCAAUAUUAUGCACUAUAAGUGGACAAACACCAGAAGAACCUGUUGUAAGUAAAACUGGUUAUAUAUUUGAAAAAAGGUUAAUUGAAAAACAUAUAAUAAAUUAUGGUAUAUGUCCAGUAAGUGGAGAACUGUUAACUCUACAAGAUUUAUAUCCAAUAAAAAAUGAAAAAAUAGUUAAACCAAGACCAAUUAGUGCAAGUAGUAUACCAGGUUUACUAUCAAUUUUUCAAACUGAAUGGGAUUCCAUAAUAUCUGAAAUGUUCAGUUUAAGAACGCAUGUUAAUGAUAUUAGAAAUCAACUUAGCCAUAGCUUAUAUCAAUAUGAUGCAGCUACAAGGGUUAUUGCAAAAUUACUAAAAGAAAAAAAUAGUUAUAAAGAAGAAAUAGAUAAUUUAAGAAAUCAGAUUUUUCAAUUAAAAAGUGGAAAUGAUAUAAAUGAAUUUGAAAUAGGAAUAACUGAUGAUUUACUAAAUGAAAUGCAAACCACUGCAAAAAAUUUAUUAAUGAAAAGAAAAAAAAGAAAAAUUGAAAAUGUUUGUUCAGUUGACCUUUGGAAAGAAUUUAAAAAUUCAAAUGAAUUUAAUAUACAUUCCUCAGUAGUAGCAGGGGUAACAUGCUUAUCUUUGGAUAUUAACAAAUAUAAAUAUAAUUAUUAUGAUGAUCAUUCAAACCAUAAUUUUUUUUCUGGAGGAAAAGAUGGAAAUAUAUAUUAUGUCUCUUUAUCUGAUAAUAAAAUUUUAUCAAAACUACAAGGACAUUUAAAAAAAAUUAAUUCAAUUGUAUCUCACCCAUCAAAUUUUAUAUGCAUUUCUGGAUCUAAUGAUAAAACUAUCAGAAUCUGGAAAGGAGAUUCUGAUACUAACGAAUAUGUUACUUCUCAUUUAAUAAAAAAACAUAAAGAUAAUAUAACAUCAUUAUCUUUGCAUCCUUUAGAAAAUUGUUUUAUAAGUUCAUCUAAGGAUAAUACAUGGAUUUUACAUGAUUUGGAAACAUCGAAAACUAUUAAAAUUUGUAAAAAUAAUCCAAGUUCUUUUAAAAAUGUAUCUAUUCAUCCAGAUGGAAUGAUGCUAGGAGUUGCAUCGGAUGAUUCAAAUAUUCAUAUAUACGAUAUAAAAAGUCAAGAAUACAAAGCAUCUUUAACAGGACACACAAAAGCAGUAGAAUGUAUUUCAUUUAGUGAAAAUGGAUAUUACUUAGCUUCAUGUUCUAAGGAUAACACGGUAAAAUUAUGGGAUUUAAGAAAAGCUCUUAGUUUUCAAACAUUAGAAUUAGAACAUACUCCAAAACACAUUACAUUUGACUAUUCAGGAAAAUAUUUGUCCGUUUCUAUAGGAAAUGAUAUACAAAUUUAUAACUUUGAAACAAAAAAUGAAGUUACAUUAAUUAAAACUCUUAUGUCUCAUACUGAUGCUGUUACACAAACCUGUUUUGGUAGUAGAACUUCCUAUUUAUUAUCAAGCUCAAUGGAUAAAACCAUUAAAUUAUGGAAUUAA